GUGUGUGUGAGAGAUAACACGGAGAGGGUUUCUGCACUCGAACAUGUUCAAUUUGCCCGGCAAAAUACGUCAUGUUCGCUUUGCCCCUCAACAUGCCUGCCUGUCGUAGCGGCAGCGCUGUAGCCUACAGAGAACGGGGAUGAUAGAUGGACCGCAGUUUAUAUGUUGAUAUCUGUUGGAUGCUGCUGCAGCGACGGCCUUCCGUGUUUAGUCCAUGCGGAAGAGUGCUUUCUAAACGGCUAAUAGAGGAUUUCGACCUGGAUAAAAUAGAUUAGGAAGCGGACUCACCCAGAAACAGCUCCAUCCACCCAUACCAUCGAAUGUGUUGAUCACAGGGCGGCCCAGUUGUCCUAAAUCGAAGCCGGGGGCUAGAUUUGGAACGUCGCAGGAACAUGGAGGAACUAUGAGGGGUGGAGGAGAAGGAGAGAGGGAGAACAGACUCUCUGCUGGAGGCCAGGUUCUGAUAUCAUCCAGUUGGGACCACAGCAGAACACAGUGACUCGUCAGAUGUUGAAGCGAUGGCCGUGUGGACUGAGCUAUAGCGCUGCAAGAUUCAUACACAUAGAUGCCCCCCCUAACCCCCUACAGCCUCCCCACCCUCCCUCUGUCUCUCCUCCAUCUCUCCUCCAUCUCUCCUUCCUCUGUCAUCCCUCUACCUCCUCUGAUCCCAGCCUCUUUCUGAUCUAAUUGUCUCUCACUGUCUUCUUCUCUCCUUUUCUCUGCAUCUCUCUUUUUCUCUCCAUCACCCCCCCCUCUCUCUCCCUCCCUCCAUCAUGGCGUGUUGUGGUCGCUCUCUUGACUCCCCCUGUACCCUGGCCCUAUUGGUGGGCUUCCAGUUUGCCUUUGUGGUCUACUUCUCCCUGGGGGGCUUCAGGGGGCUGGUGUCCGUACUGGUCCACUCUGAGCAGCCUGAGUUUGACUACUCCCGCCCCCACGACGUGUACACCAACCUCAGCCACCUGGGGGUGCCACCAGCCCCCCACAUAGGCACGGGACCACCAGGGACAGGGGCUCAGCUGAAGGACUGCAAGAUGCCCUCACCACUACUGGUCGGUCCUGUGUCUGUGCGUCUGUCCUCGCCUCUCUCUCUGGAGGAGAUCAGGGAGAGGAACCCGUUGGUGUUACCGGGAGGCCGGUACAGCCCCCCAGACUGCCAGCCGCGCCACCACACGGCCAUCGUGGUGCCGUACCGUAACCGCCAGACUCACCUCCGAGCCCUACUCUACCACCUCCACCCCUUCCUACAGAGACAACAGAUUCACUACAGUAUCUACAUAGUCCAGCAGUGGGGUAACUCUACAUUUAACCGGGCUAAGCUGUUGAAUGUUGGGGUCCGUGAGGCGCUGAGAGACGAGGACUGGGGGUGUAUCUUCCUACACGAUGUAGAUCUGCUGCCUGAAAAUGACCAUAACACCUACACCUGUCACAAUCAGUUCCCCACACACCUCUCCGUUGCCAUGGACAAGUUCAGAUACAGGUUGCCGUACCCCCAGUAUUUCGGAGGGGUAUCUGCGGUCACACCUGAGCAGUACAUGAAGAUGAACGGAUUCCCCAACAGCUAUUGGGGCUGGGGUGGGGAGGACGAUGACAUCGCUGCCAGAGUGCGUCUGUCUGGGAUGAAGAUAGUGCGCCCUCCAGUGGCCAUCGGACAUUACAAGAUGAUCAAGCAUAAAGGAGACAGGGGCAAUGAGCAGAAUCCACGCAGGUUUGACCUUCUGAAACGGACCAGGCUCAACUGGCAUUCUGAUGGUCUGAACUCUCUGACCUACGAACUGUUAUCCAAAGAGCUGCAGCCUCUCUACACCAACCUGACGGUCGACAUUGGGGACGACCCUCGUCUGCCCCAGAGAAAGGCCACGCCUCCUAUGCCCAAACGUGAGGUGAAGGGGGAUGAAUUACCUCCCCUUGUGCCAUGGAGCAAACAUGGAUCAAAGAGGAGGGGAGACACAUCCCUUGCAGCCAAACAUGACAUACAGGGGGAGGGGCAAGCCGUUAAAGUGGGUGUGGUUACAGCUGUGACUACGGCUAAACCUAAAGCUGACAAGGUAGACCACGCCCAGUCAAAGACAGUGCAUCAAACUGUAGAUGAGAGGGCGAGUGUGGUAAAGUAGGAAGGGCUGGAGAUAUGGGGUGCAUCUCAUUGGUCUAAAGCUGCCCGCUCUCCUUUUCUCUCCUGCAUCUGAAAACACAGGAUGGGUGUUAGCAAUGUGGAGGAUGGUACUCUCCUGUCCAGUUCUACCACAUCAAUGCAGAUGAAGGAAAGGACAUGAUGAGAGGAAGCCAGAGAUGCACUGAGAUGUACACUAAAAUGACACACCUUCUGUUCCUGGAUUACCAUAGGGUCCCCUAUGAGGGGACCAGUAAAGCUAGCUAUGUCCGUGAAACUGUAGAUAUUGUGAAGCAUAGGGCUUAGGCUACAGCCAACUCAAAACCCUUCUGAAUGUGACUCACCUCCAGCGACAGUCAAGGUAUUCAAACAAACUCUCAACCUUCCUCUGUCAGAAGACUACACCACCGUUAUUACCAGUUGGUUUCAUUGGUUCUCAAAUCUCUCUUCGGGGAUCCCCAGACGUUUCACCGUUUUGUUGUAACCCUGAGUUAGCUCACCUGAUUCCAGUAGUCAACGGCUUGAUGAGCUACUGAAUCAGGUGUGCUAGCUCUGGAAUAGUUCAAAUAUAUGAGGGUCCCUGAGGAGAGGUUUGAGAACCACUUGAACCAGACAACUGGUAUAUGAAGGGUGUUGUAGUCUACUGAGAGAGGAAGGGUGGAGAGGUUUUAGAACCACUUGAACCAGACAACUGGUAUGUAAAAGGUGUUGUAGUCUUCUGCGAGAGGAAGGGUGGAGAGGUUUUAGAACCACUUGAUCCAGACAACUGGUAUAUGAAGGGUGUUGUAGUCUACUGAGAGAGGAAGGGUGGAGAGGUUUUAGAACCACUUGAACCAGACAACUGGUAUGUAAAAGGUGUUGUAGUCUUCUGCGAGAGGAAGGGUGGAGAGGUUUUAGAAACACUGGUCUGAUGGACAGGUAACGUUAUGUGUGGUGAACAUUCAUUCUGAAGAGAGAGAUUGUGACAUCAGCAUUUAAACAAACCCAAUUGAAACUCCGGAGUUCCUUUUUUCAGCCAAUGGGAUGCCAGAUCUUGCAAGCAACCAAUCCGCUGCCAACCCACUGCUGCUCUCAGCCAAUCAUCUCCUAGUUGACUUCUGGCUUCAGCCUAUCCGCUCCCAGAAACUGCUGCUGUUGGUCCGCCCUAUUGUGUGGGUCAGUGUUUCUGUGCCUUCUCUCUUCUAUUAAUCUUUUAUGGAGUGGGACAAAGUUGUCCCUAGAUGCUGAUCUGGGGUCAGUUUUCUGUUGUCCCUGUUAUGGUUAAGUGUAUAUAUAUUGGGUCAGGGUAAACUGAUGCUAAGUCUGUAUCUACAGGCAACUUCUUCUCCGAACACCAUUUUAUAUCCGUUUGCCCGAUCAGUGCUUUCACACUCCAGACGUAUCAGAUGACUGUAGGAUUUAUAUUUAUAUAGAGAUGUUUGUUUACUUUGAGUCGGGUGCCUCUUGAUUGUGUAUUUGGGUUUAGAGACAAUCUAAUCUAAGGGUAAAAACGUUAACUGUGUUACUAAUCGCUUCACAUAGAGAAAGAAAUCUCUAUGUAAAGGGAAGUUAAGUAUUCUAUGCCUCAAAUACCAUAGACUUGGUUCUAUAGUUUGUUAUCUAGUUUGAAUAUACUGUCUUUAAGUGAGUGAACUUAUCUCCAUCCAGUACAGAAUCCCUCAUAGCCAUCCAUGUUGAUUUCAUAUCAGCCAUCUGGAAUGUACUGGACAUACUUUAUCAUACUAGUUUACUGUAAUCCAAAAAGGAUAAGAUAUGUUUCAAUAAGGGGAGGUUCUGGAGCCAGUUUGUAGGAGGAGCUAUAAGGUAACUACCUAUACUGUGUUUCCUGCUGCGAUGUGAUUGGCUAAAGGAGUGUGUCUGGGGGGCUCUGUAGAUUCUCCUGUAUAAGACAUAGGGUUUCAUUAGAGAGAUGCUAAUUUCAAGCUUUUAUGCUGUUCAUGAGUUGAUAGAAUAGUUUUUUAUAUUCAGAUCCACGUUAGCUGUUGAGGAAUCAGCAACUAUUCUUCUUGGGGUCCACACAAAACAUAGAACAUGACAAAAUACAGGUUACUAAUGGACAAGAACAGCAACACAAACAAUAUGAGUAUUUUAAAAAGAAGAGAAAAUAAAUUAAUAAUGCUAAUCUUCAAAAUUCAAGAAUAAUGUGUGUUUUGAAAGGUUUUUUUUUUCGUUUUUUUUCAUGAUUUAUUUCACUAAACUACUGUGUUACUGAUGCUAAUUUGAAUGUAUUUUAUUUAUUAAACUACUGUUAGGAUUUGGGUUUUACCCGUUAAGCUUACUUACAGCAGUGAGUAUUUACUCAUUCCAUAGCAUCAACAAUGCCUCAUAUCAGAAUGUAGACCAGCCUUUUAACGUGAAUGAAGGUGUGGUUCAUAUUAUCCAUGUAGUUGUCAUGGUUACUAGCACUGUGCUGAUCUUAUAUGACGGACUUAAAGUUCCAAAACUUGCAGAUACUGUAGAAAUUAGAUUUAGAAUGGAAACAAUUGAAUCUUUAUCAGGUAGAACAGCUGAUUUGAUAUAUUCUAUAUUUCUAUUUCUGUCUUCUACAUUCUAAACAUUAUGCCUCAAUAAGCCCCAUGUUUUAAAGAAUGGAAUGCUGUAGGCAACCCUGUUCCUGGAGUACAACAGGUACUGCAGGGUUUGUUCCAACUAGGCACCAGACAUGACCAACUGAGCCAUGCAGCACUCCAGGACCAGGGUUUCCUACCCCUGCUGUAGGCUAUGUACUGUAUGUGUCUGAUUCAGUGUACAGCAUAUCAUGCAUAUAUGCCCUCUUGCAGUCUGAAGCUGUCUGGGAGAGAGCUUUACCUUUUUUACGGCCGCGAUUGGGAGUCUCAUAGGGCGGCGCACAAUUGGCCCAGCGUCGUCUGUGUUAGGGCUUGGCCGGGGUAGGCCAUCAUUGUAAAUAAGAAUUUGUUCUUAACUGACUUGCCUAUUUAAAUAAAGGUUAAAUUAAAAUUAUAUAUAUAUAUAAAAACAUUACCUGGGUGCUUUCUAAUAGAGGGAGGGAGGGUAUGGGAAUCAAGGCCUCUGACUGUACAAUAGGAAUAUUAAUCAAUACUGUCAAUCAUAAUCUGCACCUUGUACCCAAUUAAAUCUUUACAAUGAGGAUGAUGAAAUGCCACCCCCAUCUUUGAGGCCACCUUUUCAACUCGUGUGUGAGAUAUUUAGAGAAUUAGAGAAAGAGAAUAGUAUUUUGACUUUAGAUUCACUACACAGGUGGCAUACCAGUGAAACUACUGUAUACCCACUGUAACCAUACACUACUUGAUGGUGGUGGUGAUAAUGGCGAUGGUGAUGAUGCCAUCCACUAUUAAUCAAUUGUAAGUGAUCAUCCAUAGGAUAUAUCUGCAGUCAUAUUAACACAGCUCUUCAUAGGGACAUAAUCAACUUGUAUGUGUCAUAGGAGACAGUGUGUACCUGGAAAUCAUUCUAUAUUUAAUAAAAUAGCUAGUUUUCUAUCAGAUGUUUGGUGUAAAUGGAGGGGAAAUAGUAUAGACUACUAUAGGCAAUCUAUUGUAACUUUAAUGUAGUCACAUGCUUUUGACUUUUAUUUCUAAAACAUACUUUUGACUUUUAUUUCUAAAACAUGCUUUUGACUCUUUCAAUCAUGAUCAGUUCGGUGUGUUGAUUUCCAUACUGAUAGCUGUGGUAACAUACUGUAUUGAAAAGUGUUAGAAUAUUAUUGUAGUUUUAAGGGGAUAUGAAUUAUAUCACUUGGACUGGGAGUUGAAUGGAAGGUUAUGACAUGUGCUUUAGUCACAUGAGUUUCUAACCUGAUUUCCACCUUCAGAUGAAAAUUGACUAUCAUAUUUUGAGGAAGUGGACACUGGACAGCUCUAGUCCUCUGGGGUUGCCGUGUCUGCUGGGCUGGGUUGUGUUUGGGAGUGAGAGGGGGAGAUAAGGAGAGACCAGUGGAGAGGCCAGCAGAGAUGGCACCUUAGAGAGAUUGGGGGUUAUUCUUUGGGCCAUGUUGUGGAGUGUUGUGUUUCAUGACUACACAGAGAAAACAUACCAAUAAAACACGUUCAAAAGCA